ACCAACACAGGCAUCUCUACAGUCGCCGGAAUCUGACACCCGCCAGCUCGCCUGCCAAGAACACUGACAGGCAUCUCUACAAAGGCAAUCUUUUUUACAUCCUCACAUGUACUUCUCAUCUCACAUCCACUCUCUGAAACCAUCUCUCUUUCACAAAAAAGUCCUAAUCCCUUCCAUCAGACUCUUUUAUUCCUUAGACGACUCCUCUUCAAAACCCUCAGCGUCAGACGCUCUCACCAAAUCCCAUCUCUGCAACCUCAUCACAAAACAGCACUGGUCUGACCUUAAAACCCUAAUCUCAAAAUCAGACCCCAAAACCUUCCUUCAAUGCCUCUUCGAUUCCCAAAUCGAAGCUGGAAUCAUUCUCCGAUACUUCCGAUGGUCCGAACGAGAAUUCAACGUCUUCUACACACUCGAAUCCAAUUUCAAGCUGCUGCAUCUAUUAGCAGCCGAGAAGAAUUACAGCGAGGUCAGAUCACAGCUCCUUAGACUGGUCAAUCAUGAACGGUACUCGAAUUCCUCAAUCUUUCACACCCUAUCGAUCUCAGCCGUUGGAUUUAGCCCCAAUUCUACCAAUUCGAUCAUUGCCGAUAUGUUGGUUUUGGCAUUUGUGAAGAAUUCGAAGACGGGUCCUGCUUUGGAAGCUUUCAAGCGGGCUGGUGAUUAUGGGUUUCGGUUGUCGGUCCUCUCCUGCAAUCCUCUCUUGAAUGCUCUGGUUAAGGAGAACAAGAUUCAGGCAAUGGAGAAUGUGUAUAAGGAGAUGAUUAGGAGGCGGGUUGCACCUAAUUUGAUUAGUUUUAAUACGGUGAUUAAUGGGUUUUGUAAGGCAGGGAAACUGCUGAAGGCGGGGGAUUUGGUUGAGGACAUGAAAGCUUGGGGUUGUUUGCCCUCGGUUGUCACAUACAAUACAUUGAUCAAUGGUCAUUGCAAGAUGGGCCGCGCGGGGAAAAUGUAUAAAGCAGACGCUAUUUUGAAAGAGAUGGUUUCGAAGGGAGUCCAUCCAAAUGUGGUUACUUUUAAUAUCCUGAUUGAUGGGUACUGCAAGGAUGAGAACUGUUCGGCGGCGAUGAGGUUGUUUGAGGAAAUGAAGCGGCAAGAUAUGCCACCCAAUGUGAUCACAUAUAACUCUUUGAUUAAUGGGCUUUGUAGAGAAGGCAAGGUCGAUGAAGCGAUUAGAUUGCGUGAUGAGAUGCAGGUGGUGGAUGUCAAGCCGAAUGUUGUGACAUACAAUGUACUAAUUAACAUGUUUUGUAAGAAAGGGAUGUUGGAAGAGUCAAGGGAGUUGUUGGAUGAUAUUGCGAAAAGAGGUUUGGUUCCAAAUGUUAUGACAUAUAAUACUCUGAUGGAUGGAUACUGUAAGAUUGGGAAGAUGGAGUAUGCGCUUCACUUGCGUGAUUUGAUGUUAGAGAGCGGGGUCCACUGUGAUCUUUCAACGUAUAAUUGCUUGAUUGCUGGUUUUUGUAGAGAUGGAAAUAUGCAGGGUGCUAGUAAGCUUUUAGAUGAGAUGGAAGAGAAGGGUGUAAGAGCAGACAUCGUGACAUAUAAUGUAUUAAUUGGCGCAUUAUGCAGGGAAGGUGAGUCCGUAAAGGCGAUGAGGCUCUUGAACGAGAUGUUUGAGAUCGGCUUGGACCCAAGUCACGUGACCUACAAUACUCUAAUGGAUGGGUUCUGUAAGGAGGGAAAUAUGAAGGCUGCUUUGAAUUUGAGGAUGAGAAUGGAAAAGGAAGGAAAGCGUGCCAAUGUCGUCACAUAUAAUGUAUUGAUUAGGGGGCUUUGUGGGAAAGGCAAGCUCGAAGAAGCAAACAGGUUUCUGAAUGAGAUGUUGGAGAAGGGUUUGAUUCCGAAUAGGGUCACAUAUGAUGUUGUUCGGGAUGAAAUGAUGGAGAAAGGGUUUGUUCCAGAUAUUGAUGGGCACCUUUGCAACAAUGCUUCUUAGCAUUUAGGAAGGAGUGAUGACAGUGAACUGAUAUACCUCUACGCAUGUUUUUUUAAAGGAUGCAAGGAGAGUGGAACAAAGCUAAUGAAACUUUUGCAGGCAUCUCUAUGGGAAAAUGGUUACAAAAUUUUGCAAAUACAAAUAAGUAUGUUCAAAGACAUCCUUAAUCACCAGAAUUUUAGGGCAAUGGAGAAAAAAAAAACAGAAAGAUGAAGAAUUUCAUGGAGGAUGGUUAAUGUGAGGCAUAUGGAAGGAAAGAAUCAAGAUAAAUUUCAACGAUGAUCAUAAGCUUCAUUGUGCUUUGGGUGCUUGUGAAGGAGUUUCAUAGUGUUGCCACUUCUGAUUUGACAUGAGUUUUGUAAGCAGCUAUUGAUUGUGAAGAAAGGAAACUAGCCAACAAGUAAAGUGAAGGGCCCACACCCACCUACUGGGUUGAGGAAGCUCAACUUUGAUGGAAACUCCCUAGGGAAUUUGGGUUCUUUCAGAAUCAGAGGUGUUCUUAGAGACGACAAAGGUUAAACUAAGAUUGUGUUUUCUGGUCCUGCAUGGAUGAAAGACUUGUAUGAAGCCGAAGCAGGGAAUUUUGGGAGAAAAGUGAGGAUUUUUUUUAUUCCCCUGACCCAUUGACUGCAUAAUGAGUACUCAAAUAAAAAGAUUAGGGAAAUUGAGUUUGUUGGA